UCUGUGAGCAUGUGGCAUGUAGGUGAUGUAUAACCACUAUCUGACAUAAAAACUCCAUGAAUUAUAACCAGGAAUUGAUGAUACAGCUAGCUUUUCGUGUUAUAUUACUUUUUUUCCAUUUCAACUACAAUCUAGGCGCCCAUAUAUCAAGCAAGAAGCAUCUGGUUCAAGUGACAUAUAUCCCAUCAUAAUGAACGCCAGCAACACUAGCAACGCCGGCGGGGAUCUCUCAGCGGCGUCUCACAUCUUGACGGUCUACAAGUUGCUGUACGAAUAUGUGCUACCACUUAUUGUAUUUGUCGGUCUAAUCGGAAAUCUGACGUCAAUAUACCUGUUACAACUUGACAAGCAGAUGCGCAAAGUAUCCUCCAGUGUUUUUCUAACGUCCGUGCUGGUGUCGGACACUGGGAUGCUUAUGAGCCUAUUACUGGUCUGGAUUGAGUCGCUGGGAUACCCCGUAAAUCACCUUCCCGCCGUGUGCCGCAUCAACGUCUAUCUCACAUACGUCUUUGGAUUCCUCUCUAUAUGGUAUGUGGUUUGCAUCAGUGUUGAGACGUUCAUAACCAUAUGUCAUCCAACCAGGAUCAAACAGAUGUGCACGUUGUUCCGAGCACGUGCGGUGGCGGUAAUGCUGCUCGCCUUUGCCCUGGUGCUGUAUGUGGUGGCACCAUUCAUUACCGAGGUACAAAGCGUUCCCCAUUCGAACACUACAAAAAACUGUCUGCCUAUUGCGCAAUACGCCCACUUACUCCAGCUUCUGUUCUACGUUGACCUGGUUCUGACCUUACUCCUGCCGUUUGUCCUCAUCAUCAUCUUGCUCACCUUCAUGACGGUUGCCAUUGUUCGCUCGAUCCAAAGAAAACAACAACGAAAUAAUAGAAAAACCAAUGAGGAGUAUCAUACAUCUAGAAUAAGGAAACUUCCACAGGUUCGGGUGGCGAAAAUGCUCUUCAUUCUAUCGGUCAGUGUCGUGUUCCUAAAUAUACCCAGUCACGGGUUUAAACUGAAGUCUUUGAUUUCUGUUAAUGCCAUUCUGUCGGAGACGGAAAGCUUGAUUCACCUGUUAUUGCUUUUCUUAAGUUACACCUCAUUUUCAGUUAAGUUUUUUAUUUGCGUCGCUUGCAGUAAGAACUUCAGGAAAUUAAUAGAUCAACAUUGUGUUUUUGGAAAAACAACGCGUUAUCAAACCGUUGCACAGCAAACAAUGGAGACCGCAACGUAAACAAAUAUGUUGUUGUAUGCAUUUGUUUUAUUACAUUAAAAAUAUUGGAUGUGAACUAUAUAAGUACUAUUCUUGUCAUUUAAAACAAAUAUUUAACCGUGUCACACCCAAUAUACCUAGAUGGUAUAAAAUGACAACUCGUAUCAGACCUUGUAUAUCUAGAUGGUAUAAAAUGACAACUCCUGUCAGACGCUAUAUAUCAAGCUUGUAUAAAAUGACAACUUCUGUCAGACGCUAUAUAUCUAGAUGGUAUAAAAUGACAACUCGUGUAAGACGCUUUAUAUCUAUAUAGAUGGUAUAAAAUGACAACUCGUGUCAGACGCUAUAUAUCUACAUUGUAUAAAAUGACAACUCGUGUAAGAAGCUUUAUAUCUAGAUGGUAUAAAAUGACAACUCGUGU